AUGGCUCAUGCAACGCUUACCGAGCUUUUACCUUCCAUAUCACCGGAAGUGGGUACUGCCACAUAUCUGACAGGUACAACUGAUCCCGAUGAUCAUGCUGAUAACGACAGCGAUCUGUUGUAUUUGUACGAUCGGAUCAACAGCUCAGAACAAUCACCGGUAUUUGUCGCCGCUGAUCUGAAUAUCUUACCGCUUCAGCUAAUUACCGACAAGGAUGAUUCGAAGAGUGAGCUUUUGAGGGAAAUUCGUCAAUUGAAACGAUUCAUCCAGGAUGCUCUCAAUGGACGGGUCGAUGAACCACCGACAACCCAGGCUGAUAGUGGUGUACAAACAAUAAAUGAGGGACAGCCCGAUUGUGAUCUUCAUGGACAAUCAUCAUCAUCAUCAUCCGGUUACUGUUUAGCAUCACCAAAACCAAGCUUCAAAUCAUCCACCAAUGCUUCCACAUCUUCACCGGAAUUACCAGUAUCAACAAGUUCAAUAAAUAGCACACCAUGUUCAUCAUUAAUUCCAACAAUGAUGGCAUCAUCUGCUUCACCCCAUCAUCAUCUGGAAAAUAAUCGAAGUGUUAUUAGUGCAAAUAGUAGUAUGUUUAGUGGUACUUUGGCAUUAAAUGAUAAUAAUAGUUUAAGUAAUGGUAAUAAUCGGGAUGGUACUAGUACGAGUAAUAUAACAACUAGUAUCACUAAUAAUCAUAAUCGACGUAAGCGUGAUGGUUGCGGAAAUCGUCUUGAUGCUAUGGUACGAAAAUUAGCCAAUCGACAAAAAGAAAAAGAAGCUGCUGCAGUUGCCACAUUAGGAUCAACUGGUAUAUCCAUGUGUUCGGGACCAACCAUAUCAACAAUCUCAUCUGCAUCUCCUUCAUCAUUAUCAUCCAUUUUCACUGCUGCUGCUACUACUACUACAAAUCUGGUGCUACCACCGGAACAAUCAUUACCACCAGCUAAGACUAUUUGGCAUACGCAAAUGAUUGAUCCGGUUGCAUAUGUCAAUAUGCUCCGUACAAUGUCCGGUGCUGCUGCUGCUGCGGUGGCGGCAACUGCCAUUUCGUCACCCUCAUCAAUCUUUCCGUCAAUCAACAAAACGAUGCAAAGUGAUCGGUAA